CUGACUUUCAGUGUCUUUCACUGCAAGUCAUGCGUAAACCAAUUCAUGACGAAAUCGAGUCUUCAUUUUGGCCCAAAUGCUGAUCCAAUCGACCGUUCGUUUGGACUUCGAGGCGGCGGACGAUCUGCAGUAUAGGGGCGAAGGCAACUCCGCGCUCGUCGUGUCCCUCGGCAGAGAUGUGUUGCGGUUCUUCAAACACGCGCCCGAAGACGGCCAGCAGUCGUGCGAAGAGUCCUUCCAACGCAUCCAACGCCACAUCCACUUCGUCGAGACUGUCGUGCGUCACGUGAUUUCGCCCGACUUCUACUCCACGCCCAGAAUCGCGUUGUUGUCGCGCAAACAGAUGAAAACCAUCGCUAAACUCAUCGGCGACAAACGCCCGAGUUUCCGACUCUCGAAAGGCAUCCAAUGCGCGGACAGCGCGUGCGCACAGACGGCCGCUCUGCUGCUGCCCGACUAUUGUUGUCUUCCGCAGCAUUUGCGCGACUUUCGCACCGAAGGGCCGAUCGUUUGCAUCGAAGUGAAGCCGAAGCGCGGGUUUCUGCCGAAAGAGGCGCUGCUGUCGCACGAGUUCAAAGUCAAGUCACGUGUUUCGCGAUACUGUCUCUCGCAGUUCCUCAAGCUCCAGAAGGGCUCAAUCCAAAGACGCUCGGCUUACUGUCCGCUGGAUCUGUUCAGCGGGUGUCCGCAAAGAACGCAAACAGCUCUGCGCGCUCUCAUCAGAGACCCGCAGAACAAUUUCCGCGUUUUCCGCGAUUCCCAUCACGUGUUCGGCGACUCC